GAGCACGAAUGGUCACCCACGGACGCCGAAGAUCAGGCAUCGGCCCAGCUCCUGUGCGGGAAAUGCUACAAGAAGGCAGAUACGCACUUGUCCAGCUGCAUGUCGAUGUCGCAGGUUGUCACUAUGCUGCAGAAUGAUGAUGACUUCAAGCGCGGCUUCAAAGAGUCCGAUGACGAGGCGAAGCUCAACCCAGCCGAGCGAACCUUUGCACCCGAGGAUGUGAGCGACACGCACUUCUUCGAGAUGGUGGAUUACCGCGAGUUCUUGAAGUUGAAUGAAGGCGAGGUCAAAUCUCUGUGUAAGGCGACGCCGAAGAAACUGGAGCUCCACGAGAUCGAGGGCACGAACGAGGUUGGCGAUCAGGAGACGCAGUACCUCAUGGUCGACGACAUCGGCGGCCCCAGGACCGCUCAGUACCGACGCACGCGCAUCAGCGUUGGCAGGAUGGUUUCGAGGCGCCCCGGGAUGCUCUUCCACGAGGACCACGCGAUAAGUAAACAUGGUGAGCCACUGCAUGAUCAUGAGGUUCGAGGGAUGGUCGACGAUGUGAAGAUACCUCCGUCUGGGAAGAAGAGAAAUCCAGAGCAGGGUAUGGAUUGGCUCCAGCGGGUGCCCAAGCUGUCCAAGGCGCCAGCUUUCAAGGAUGAGGCCCCCGCCGACGACACUGACAUGGAUGCCGAGGACGAGGCUGACGGCCCUGCCGCAUCGGGUCGGCGGCCAGGCCGAGGCGGCUUUCAGGGCGGCUCUGCGAGGGCCGCGGCUUCGGGCAGGGGCGGGCUCCGCUCGCGGAAGGCUUCGCCAGGGUCUGCCGCGAAGCGCACCAGCUACAACAACUCCCCGAGGCCGUCGCCGUCCCCGACGCCAGGUGUGCGACGGCCUGGCUUGUCCAUUUCCCAGGGCGGCGUCGGCUCGUCAGUCGCGGGCUCCACCGCGGACCCAGCUGUCCAGGCGAUCUCAGACGACGACGGCGAGAAGGGCGAGGGUGCCUUGGCAGACGCCGACGCGGCCUCCAACGGCGACAGUGGCGAUGGCGAGAAAGGCAGCGGCGAUGACGGGCCAGGUCUGGACGACGACGGCCGUGCCAUUGCUACCUCUUUCGACGCGUGCCCCAAGGACACAAAAGGCAAAGCUAUGUACUGGAAGGAAAUGGGCGACCUCACAGCGUGGCUGGAGGACAAGCUUCUGGGGAAGGAGUACAACCAGGCCAAGAGGCUCCUGCGGAAGAUCAGCAACAAUAAGGAGUUUGAGCACGAGCACAAGAUGCUCAAUCGGCACAUGCAGCUGGUGGAUGAUGCGAAGUACGUCAGCGUUGCCAACAUCAGCGAGGCGAGCGAAGAUAAAAUGACAAAGGUCUUUGAAAGGCUGAAGGGCGCCAGGGCCGUCUUCCCGAACAAACUGCAAAUGGUUGUGCUCGAGAGGCGUCUCACCAGGAAGCUCAGUGGCGCGAUCGAGCGCAUGUCAACUGAUGAUGCGAAGCAAAUCUACGACCUUGUCAAGCCGUACGGCCAUGCCGAAAAGACGGACCGCCUUGCUUUCUUCAAAGACUUCUUCGUGAAGGGCAUCGUCGCCCCUCUUCUCGACAACGAUGGUUCCAAUCAGCAGCGCCUGAAGGUAAUGGUAAACUACGUCAGUAUCACCAUCAAGCUCGACCUGAGGAGCUCCGCUAUUCCAGAGAGGUACAGCAAUGACUUCUUCGCGCUGCUUACGGCCCUGAAGGUGAUGCAUUGCGCGCUCCACCGCGAGGGCAUCGACAUCUUGUCGAGCUUCGUCGGCGAGUCCAUCGUGGAGCUCGACGAAAUGGCAGCUUCCAAGGCUAACUCGGAUGACAUUGCACAGGACUUCAAGCGCUACCAGAAGACAGCAUCCAAGUACCUCGAGGACGCCAACGAAACCAUCACCAGCUUGGCGGAUAUUGCAUCACGCCCUGGCGACGUGCUGCUCGCGAGCUUUGGCGAAGUAAAGCCCGUCCUCCUACACGCGUUCCAAGAGUUUCCGAAGUGGAACGUGUCGUUCCGACCUGGCUACAUGACGCCCGUCGCGCAGCUGAUGACGAAUACUACUGUGCAGCUCUUCUGUGAUUACGAGCAGUCCAGGUCCCACCCCUCGAAGACGUGCGCGUCGGCCAGUACGGACGACAUUAAGCAGCUCGUUGAGCAGGCGGCUGCAUGCUUCCCUUUGGACGAUGACCUGCAGACCAAGCUUGCCCAACUCCACUCCUGGGGGCAGACGCAGAUUUUCGGUCAGAAGCUCAGCGCCUUGGACAACGCGCUGAGCUCUAUCAAAGCUUCGGACGACGUCACUUCUGAGCAGUGCGCGGCCUUGAAAGUGGCGUGCGAGAACUUCAGUGGCAUGGAGCCUACUCCGCUGGUGCGCGAGGCGGCCGAACUGGUGUACAUGAGCAUCGCCGCCAGCGUGACGGGCCAUCUGCUGCAGGAUGACCCCGAUGAGGCACAGCAGCGCUUCAUCAAUGAGGGGAUGCUGGCGAUGACGUCGUUGCAGCCUGUCGUCAUCCGCCAUGGGGCCCCCCACAAGAACAUUCACGAUGCGACCUACAACAUCAUCAGGUACUACCAGAGCGCUCAGGCCAAAGCAGGCGCGGUGAUGAAGCUCGGCUCUGACGACGUGGAGCGCUCGCAGCACGCUGACGCAGAGCAGUGCUGCAAGGACAUCUUCGGCGCCAUCGACGGGCACGACAAGUUCUGGGACCAGUGCAAGGGCUUCAACCCCAACAAGAUCCCCGAGCAGUUCAAUCUGAUGGCGAUCAAGGUUGAGGGCUGGAAGAAGACGGCGAAGAUGCUGAGCGGGCUGGUGGUAGAUGACUGCAAGUUGAAUACGAACAAGACCAUCGACGCCGUUCAAGAGUGCGCUGGCGGCGCCCUGGAGGGCAAGAGCUGGACAGAUGGGCUCCAGGCGUCGGCGAAGAUCGAUGCGGUCCUCAAGCACUUCAGCAGCACGCUGUGCUCGUUCGACAUGAAGGCGGGCAAGGCGAAGGUGCAGGCGAUGGAGAAG